AUGUGGUCUAUCGGCGGCGAGCAAAUCGCGCAGGCGGCGCGUCUUACCGGCGGCGGCUCUGGUCGAAAAUCCGGCGCGUGCAGGCUGGAGGUUGAGGGCAGCAAGCUCGGGGAAGGUCUUGGGCACGGGGCGGAGCUCCAGAGAGCAGGGGAGAGGUUUGACCGGCCAAAUCUGGCGACGGCGAUCGCCGGCGGCAAGGGUGAAGGGUCUAGAGAGGGUCACCAGGUCGUGGCGCACCUGUGGGUGGGCUUGGGAGGCCGAGGGGACAAGCGGAAGGGGUUCGUCGGCGUAGGGCAGGGAGCGGCGGCGGUGGUGGUCUGUGAUGAAGCUGUUCCGGCCAGGGAGUGGGAGAUGAGUACGAGAGGAGGCUCGGCUAUGGGUUUGGCAGUAGAAGAAGAAGAAGAAAUUGGCCACGGCGGCGCGUAUCCACGGACGGCCGACGACGUGGCGCGGGGUAAAAGUGCCAGCAGAGGCGGCGGAGAGGUGCCGGAGGCCCUUUGCGCGGCGCAUGGAAGUGAAAGAGGCCUUGGGGAUGUGAUUCCGACAGCGCGCGAGCUCGCCGGAAUGGGAAUCAGGGGCGGCGAGGUCGGCAGCGCGGUGUGGCAAGGGGAUAUGGUGCCAGCGAGGGGUUGGUGGGGCCCAGAGGGUGGUCGGGAGGUUAAGCGGCACUCCAAUAGCGGCACGGACAGCCAGUGGGUGGGGAAUCCCGCGGCGUUGGUGUGGAGCAUAGCUCCGCACGAGGUGGGAGGAGGGAGAUGA